UUACAAAUUUACAUUAGGUGUGUCCAAAAAUUUGAGUGUAUUUUUUACGUUUUGUGUUUUAAGACGGCAGCACUUUCAUUAUGAAAGGGAAAAAAUCGAGCCGGAAGUUCGAUGACAUUGUUUACCCAAACUAUGAUUCGUGUUUUUCACGUGUUUUGAUCUGGUUAUUUUAAUGUUUUAUUUCUCUGUUACUCAUAAUGUCUUCAGCUGGAGCUCUUUGGUUUGCUGUUCAAGAUGAUGUAUUCUCAAAUGCUUGUAUCGACACGCCGGCCACACUCGACAGUGAAACACGAGACAAGCAUCCCAGUCAGAGCAGCACGAGCAACGUUACUUCAGACUCAGAGAGGCACAGUCUCCUAGAUCGGUUUGACGACUCCUUUCUGUUGCAGAAUUUCCAUCUCAAUCGACAAUGUCUGCGUUUCAUAGUUGAUUACAUGCACUCCCGUUUAAAAAAAGACAUAUUUGCAACAUCCAACAGCCUGAUGUCCACAGAAGCCAGGAGUUUAGCCGCUGUUUACUUUCACGCCAAUGGAUCACUGUCCAAUAGAAUCACAGAACGACUAGAAAUUGACCUGAACGAGGCUCGUGAGGCUGUUAAAACCUAUACAAAACUGUUGUCAGACACGAGUCCAGAUUUCAUCACCUUCCCCAGCAGUUAUAAUGACCGCAUGGGUGCAGCACAUGUCUUUAAAAACGUCAGCGGCAUCCCUCAUGUGGUGGGUGUAUUGGGGUAUUUUCAUGUAAAGGUGACCCCUCCACCCGGCCAGGAGCAGAUGUUCGUGAAUACUCUCGGUUAUCAUUCAGCUAUGAUGCAGGUCAUAUUUGAUUUGGACGGGAAUAUAUUAAGUCUGGAGCAGUGCUGUCCUGGAGGAACACCUGAGCACAGUGUUUGGGCAAGCACGGUUAUCGGCAAGCAGUUUACCACAUUUCAACACGGCCAUUCAUGGGUUUUAGGUGGCAGAGGUCUGUUUGGUGGUGGACAUGUUUUGACCCCUAUUAUGGACCCUUCCAUCAAAACCAAAGCCGUCAAGCGUUUUAACAAAGCACAUGCUCUGGUAUAUGGUCAUGUGCAGCAGGUCUUUGGUGUUCUGAAAAGUCGUUUCCAGUGCCUGCGUGAUAUCGGCUCAUUUCAGACGCUGAAGUCAGUGGCAUACACCGUCAAAGCCUGCUGUGUCCUGCACAACAUCUCUAAGAAAUUCUCAGUUCCUUUACCCUGCGAUUGUAUCCUGGAGCCGAUCCAUCCGCCAUCAAGUGUGGUGACCAGCGCAGCAGAGCUGCCGUAUGACUACAUGGAAGACACUAAAAAUGAGAUGAUAGAGAUGAUUUUUGGUCAUGCAGAGGGUGAUGUGGAUGAUGACUGAGAU